AUGACUAGCUUCGACCUUCACUUCAAGAAGCAAUCCCAACCAUAUUUUAGCAAUUGUCUGUCACCUAAAUUGGGGCCAUCAUCACAAGAGCAAUCGGAAUCCUGUUUUGGCAACCCUACGAAUCUGAAUGCUGUAACGAUACGAAAUAUGAACAGCGGGAGAGAGAAUGCCAAUGCCAGCCCGUUUUUUGGGGAUGCUCUCGAGUUCUUAAAGCCACCAUCCCGCUCACAUCCACAGGGGCAGCAAUUUCAGCAGACACGAGAGAAAACGAAAGAACUGGAUGCUCUAUUGGCCAAAUCUAUGGCGGAAUUGAGCUUUCAAGAACGACAAGAGCAUCAAGAAGUUUUACAUGGGGUGGCAUCAGCAACACAAGAAGAUGAAGCACAGAUCGAAAAGUGGCUUCAGGAGUUGGACGACCGACUACAAGAUAGAACAUCAAAAUCAAAUUGGGAUUCGAAAAUCAGCGCUUAUGUAUAUGCAAAUCAAACGAAUCCAGAACAUGUGAAAAAUCGAAUGUUGCGACUCAUGUUCUUGAGAGGCAAUCAAUAUCAUCCAGAGUCAGCCGCAGAUCAGCUGAUUCGUUUCUUUGCCACAAAGGAGGGGCUAUUUGGCAGAGACAAGCUAUGCAAGGACAUCACCCUAAACGAUAUGGACGAGGACGGCAAGAAGGCAAUCCUCAGCGGAGCCCUUCAGAUUCUAGGACAAGAUCAAGCGGGACGACAAAUCAUGUUGGAAUUUACGUCUCUGAGAAAAGAUAUCCCUUCGUUGCAAAGUGAACUGCGUGCCAGAUACUACCUCUUCUUAAAUGUCCUGAUGAAUAAUCCCCAAGCUCAAAUCAAGGGUAUCGUUCUGAUAAUAUAUGGAGUCGAACAGUUCCAAGAUCAAUCCGGUGGCAAAGGGUUUGUGGAGAAUACCUCCAUGGCACUCAGUCUUCCGCUCCAAUUCGCGGGGUUUCAUUUGUGCAUCAGCGACCUCAAACAAUACGUCGUUUGCGCUGGAGCGUUGAAGGUCGCUCCUACCAAAUGGCGGGCCCGCUUCAAGGUUCAUUUUGGUUCUCAUUUGGAAUGCCAGUAUCUUCUUUCCACCUAUGGCAUUUCCAUUGAAAAUUUGCCCUUGAUACCAGAUACGAACGAAGCACGGAUGGAUUAUCAUUGGCAAUGGUAUCGGGAAUGUUUUUUGAAAGAGUGCAAUAACAGCAGCAGCAGCAACAACAACAACAAAAAUGCAAAUGUGGAAUAUUCUUCCGAUUUGCCCAAAUUCCUUUGGAACUUGCCGUACAUUCCUCGUAGGAACGAUGUCCUAUUUCAUCGGCGCAAGUGCAACAAUGGAGGGAAUCUACGAUUGCGUGCACUGACGCGGAACCUCUUGCAGGCCUACAACAACGGGAACAAACACGUCAAGCGGGAAUUGGUGGAUUAUAUGAUUACCGACAUUGCCAACACGGGAGGACGAUUCUUAAAGCAAGAGGAGGGGAAGCGCCAUCAGCAUGAUGAGCAGCAGUCUGACAGUGAUAGCAGUGAUGGUUGGAAACUUGUGGAGGAACCCGAGAUUCGAGAAAAGAUUAGUCAAAUGUUCCGAAAUCAUAGGCGCCCAAAUGUCCAACAACAACAACAACAACAACAACAACAACAUCAGCAAGAACUACAGCAACAUGAAGAAUUUCAGCAUGGACAAAUCCAAGAACCAGACAUGCUCUCUAUCACCGCUACUACCACUACUGCCACCACUAUUACAGAGGCCCUACAGCAAAACCUGUUGGAAUCAAGUAUGGCUAUUAGUGCUGCUGCUGCUGCUGCUACCAAUGAAGCAACAACAACAACAACAAGAGCAGAGUUACUACUACGACCACCUUCCCCACUACCACUACCAACAUCAGUUCCACCAGUUAUCCCUCAAAUAGGCGUAGCACCACCGACAGGAGGCUUAUUGUUAUUGCACAACGAUGCCGAUGUUUUGUUUGGCCGUCGACGCAACAAUGGUGGGAACAAACUAGUGCGCAAGAUGGUGGCCGAAUUGGCACCGGAAUACGAAUCGGCCAACCGGGCGCGCAAAUUGGAGAUUACGAAUACCAUUGUGGAACAAGUCCAAGCCUUUGGGGGUCGUUUUUUACGGAAAACUACUACUACUACUACUACUACUACUACUACUACUACUAUGGACGACGACGACGACGGCGACGACGAACAAUGGGAAGAGGUGGGGAACGACUAUGCUCGGGCCAAGAUCAGCAAACACUUUCGGAAUCAUCGGCGGCCACAAAAACUAAAGCAGCCAUCGUAG